GCAUCUCCGGGCUGUCCUGAGACUGAGGCCUUGCAGACCCCUGCGCAGGCAGGAGGGAACAUGGGGUGAAGGCCGGUGGGCCGCCCGCCCCUGAGAAGAGCCGGAGGUCCCUGCGCCUGCACUGAGUCUGGGCGCUGGCGGCGUGGCCCACUCUUAAAUGGAGCCUGGUGGGCCCCCACCCCCACCCCUGUGUGGACUGUUUCUUCAACCCCGUCCAGCCCGGGCAGCGUAUGUGUCCAUCUGCAUCCGGGGUGUCCCUCCAUUCCAUUCCAGGUGCCACCCUGAGUGCGGCCCCUAGGUUGGGAGAGCCUGGCCGCAGCCACGGACAGCCCGGGGUGGCUGAGGUGGGGCGGUGACACCAGGCCUCCGGACCCCCCGGGCCGUGUGGUCAGCAGGCGAAUUGACUGUCCAAGGCUCCAGAAGGAGCCUCAGCCCGAGACCCGAAUCACAGGGUCACCAGCACAAAGUGACAAGGCAGACAAUGGGUGGGGGGAUGUCCCCAAGGCAGCAUGUGGGCCAGGGUUCCUAGUCUGGGAUGACCCUCUGAAACGACCCACGAAAGAGCUUUGGGGGCACAUGUGCAUUUUGCGGGGAGGGGCCGUAAAGUUCAUCAGCUUCAGAACCCCCCUGAGAGACGCGCCGCCAAAGCCCUGGGGCCCAGGGGUGUCCUCCUGGCCACGCUCUCGCCGAACGCCGGCUCUGAACCCCCGGGAGGCAUGUUUCAGAGAACAAAAGCAAAGCGGCGGCCCCUCCUCCAAAGGCCCUCCCUGUUCAGGGGGGCCGGCAGCCCCUGAGCCACCCCUCCUGCCCAGGCUUAAAAGGGGUUUGUUUCUUCUCCGGGAUCCGAAUCUCAGGCUCGGGAAGGCCCUGCCUGGCCCUUCCGGGGUCAGUGCCCUUCCCGGCAGCAGCCGCAGAGGGCAGGGGUCUCCCUCAUCCCAGGCCUUCCUGUGCUUCGCCCUGGUGUUCUGCGCCCUGGUGCAGGUGGCCUUCUGGAGAUGCCACAACCCCACGCAGGUGGAGGACGCCGUGUUGGACGCCUACGAUCAGGUGUACGAGCAGGCGGUGAAGAGCUCGUCAGGAAUCUGGCGGCAGGAGCUGGUGGCCAUCCAGGACAUGUUUCAGUGCUGUGGUAAGAGCCCCCCCCUUGGCCUCCAGGAAGGCUCGGAGGCUGACCUGUGUCGGGGGCAGGAGGCCGCCAGACAGGACUGCCUGCAGGGCAUCAGGAACGUCCUGAGGACGCACAGGAACGUCGCCUCCACCCUGAUCAGCCUCGGCCUCGCCUCCAUGGUGUACGUGAUGCCGCUCAGCGCCUUCCUCUGGUUUGCCAUCCGCUCGGGCAAAUACACCCUGAGCCCACGGGCCCGUGGCUGCCAGCCCCAGGAGCCCCACUUCUACAGACGCUGCCAGGAGGGGCCCGCCCCUCAUCACCUGUCUGAAGCAGAUGCUCUCAGGGGCCGUCGGGGUCCAAGCAGUCGCUCGGGUCACCCUCCGCUGCUCCAGGACACCCACCUGCCUACACACAGGAGCAACAGAGACGCUCCGGCCUCAGCCCGCACGCGAUCCUUCCCAGGAGGGGAUGAGCUGUUUUCCUCCACGUGGUGGUGGGAUGGGGAGGGAGGGGACCCCACCAGACAAGCAGCCUCCAUGUAAGCAGACGGGGGACCGGGGGUCACUUGCAGACUCUGGGAACAGGCUGGGAGGUGAGUGAGGACAGAGGAAGCAGAGGGCAGCUUGGCUGGGCUCUGCUUUGAGUCCCACAGGGUCAAACCCAGGGCUGGGCUGGGCUGCCCCCGCAGGCUCUGGGCAGGACCCACUCCAGGCUGGGUCAGGCUGUUGCCAGAGUUCGGUUCUGUGCGGCUGUGGGACUGACGUCCCUUCCUUGCCCGCUGUCUGCGGGGCCGCUGUGCUCCCCGAGACCCCUUCCCCUCCAUCCUCAAGUCACCGUGGCAGGUGGGUUCCUGCUCCUGCUGGGAAUUCCUCUGACUCUCCCCAAGGCUGGAGGACAGUCCGCUUUCAAAGGCUCACGUGUGUAGAUGAGGGCCACCCGGGUAAACUCCCUGCCGUACAGAGAAAUCACAUUUGUGGUGACACUGUGUUCACGGGUUCUGGGGAAUGCAUUUGAGAAAUCCCGCCUGCCACGGCCUCUCCCCUUGGCCAUCCAACUACCCGCCUGGUGAGUUCUCGCUAACGAACUGUCCCUGACGAUUUGCAUCCGUGGCUCGAAACCAAAGUCCUGGGUGGGACGCCAGACUGACCCAGGCUAGGCCGAGGCCCCAGCGUAACUGACAAGGGAGAAGGGACUGUGCGGCCCUUUUAACUUCCAUAGAGGGAGCUCAGCCCUGCACCCCCCGAAACCAACAAAGUCGGGUGCCUCCCCAGUAAGAAGCAGCCCUCUAUGAUGGGCAACCAGAAAGGGACAAAGUGACCAACGCCUGCUGCAGUCCACCCCUUGUGUUUCCAAUCACACACACACACACACACACACACACACACUCUCUCUCUCUCUCUCUCUCUCUCUCUUUCCACACUUACACCGCCAAAAACAAGACGGUGCUCAGCCAGGAUAAAGCAAAUAGCUCUCCUACAACUGAAGGCGCACAGGCCUUGCCCCCAAGGAAUGUGCCGGAAGUCCAACGGUUCUGCAUUUGAUAACCGUCCAGGGCAUCCGGGGAUGUGCGCACCUCUCCUGGUCCCGUUCUUCUCAUCAGGCAAAAUAAACUUUAAAGAAGCACCCGCUGAAUUCCCGUGUACAGCAGUGGUGGAAAGAAAAGGGGAUGUAGUUAAAUUCCGUAGAAACGUACAUGACACCGCAGGAGAAAGGGCUUUGCUGGAAACGGGAAGCUGUAAGCGGCGCACGUGACACCGCAGGAGAAAGGGCUUUGCUGGAAACGGGAAGCUGUAAACGUCGCUGCUUUCUGCAGUGGCCCCGAGGCUGUGACCGACCUUCGGGCUUCCCUGCUCCACCGCCCUGUCCACGUCCUCUCAUGGGUCAGAGCGCUGCUCCUGCUGGGUGAGCCCACUCUUCAUCAGGGACGGAGCUGGGAAGGAAGGUCUCCAUCCUGAGGUCACCUCUGCCACUGUCUCUCGUCACCAGAUGCGCAGGAUGAGGAGAGACCCGGGGAACCCCUCAGCCCCCCACACUCAGUAGCAGCACCUUGUUUCCUCUUGAUAGGAUCACCCAGCCAUCCCCGUGGCCCCCUUCGUGGCCUCUUAACCCAGUGGCAGAGGAGCCCCGAGUGGGCCAGGUGGAACCCCCCCACCCAGCUUCCAACUCAAGGACACUAUUGUUUUGUUCAAAGCAUUCCUUUGCUGGUAACUAAAAUGGCCAAACCAGGAGAGCAGGGACCAACAGGGCCGAGAGGCAAACGUUUGUGAGUAGCUCAGUCGUUCUAAUCACAGGAAGGGUGCCUCCCCCCACCCCUACCUCCCCCACACCAUGCAUCCUGACUCAGGGGGAAAGGCGCUGCUGACUAGCGUGUCCUGCAGAACACAGCGUCAGUGUCCCCGCACUGUCCCCUGGCCGUGGUCCUAAAUGAUGCCCAAGACUAGGCCACCAUCCCUCAGGGUAGCCUCCUUUGAGGAGCAGGGUACGUGGUGGCCCUUGGGAAGCCCAUGGGCACCUCCCAUUGCCUUGUUUCUUUGACUGUAAAGUCAGGUCCUUGGCCAGAAACAAUGACACGUGAGGAACCGGGACAGCAAAUAAGGCUUUAAGGAAGUAAAUAAGGAAGAUGCUGGUACAUGCAGGAGAGAAAAGCCAAGUCCAGAACGAGGCCCAAGUCCAGUGGGAACAGUCGCUACCCUCCCCCACAAGGGAGGGGCCCAUGAUGUCUACGGUUGUGUCAACGUGACCGGCCCCGGGCACCCGGGUGGGACAUUACUUCUGGGGGAGCCUGGGGGGGGGCGCUGUUUCCAGGUGAGAUCAGCAUUGAAUCUCCGAUGCAGGAGAGCAGGUGGGAGGGCACCAUCUGGUCCCCGAGGCCUGAACAGAACACAAGGCAGGGGAGGGAGAACGUGCCCUUUUCUGGCCCCACCCCUUGAGCUGGGACAGCUCCUGUCACCUCCUCCUGCCCUCAGACUGGAGUUUACACCAUCUGGAGGCUCUCAGGCCUCCAAACUCAGACUGGACGACAUCACCAAACUGGCCUUCCUGGGCCACCAGUGUGCAGACAGCAGGUCGUUCCCAGCCCACCUGAGCCAAUUCCUCAUAAUCAUAUCUUUUUACAGAGAGAUAGGUAGGUAGGUAAAUAGAUGGAUGAUAGGUGGAUGGGUGGAUGGAUGGGUGGGUGGA